CUGGAAAACUGGGCUGCCCGUUGAGUCUUUUUCUUUUUUUCCCCCUUCUUUUAUAAUGUAACAGCACACGUUGCGGAAUCUGAAAUGCGAGAGCGCAAGACGGCAGCCCCUGGUCUGACUUUUCGAGUAAAGAGAAGGAGGAUAGCGAGCAAAGCCCUCUUGAAGCGCUUGCAAGGCAGGACAGGUCUACUCGCUGGCUGUAUGUCAGAGCCGUGAAAGGCUAGGGCGCAGACGCCGCAAACAAAACUUUCCCUGUUCUGAGGAGACUAUGCAAGCUAUUAGAAGGAGAGACUGAGAGCGAGUCUGAGAGGAAACGUAGACACUGCCGGCCGGUAGAACGCGCGCACUGUAAUCCACAGCGGGUCGCUGGGCUGAACUCUCCGUUUAGGAACAGUUGAGGGUUUGUUGUCGCUGGCUGCCCAGGGGAGUCCGGGAUUUAAUGAAAUUCAGCAGCUGGCUGGACACACGCUUACUUCAGUGAGCUGUUGGGGAUUAGAUGCAUUUGACUCCACGAUGCGGAGCGAUCCCAUUUUGUUCGCUUCCAGGGCCAUGGAGGAGCUGGUGUCGGAGCUGCGGCUCUUCCUGGACCUGUUGGACCGGGAGUAUCUGAGCGCUGGCGUGCGGGAGAAAAAGCUUCUCAUCUCCAACAUCCUGCACAGAGUCUUGGCAGCCAAGGAGCCCUCAUUCAAGACUGAGAUCCAGAGCAGCCUCCCUGCCCCCCCUCAGAUGCCCCUGCCCGAAAUCCCACACCCCUGGCUGCCUCCGGACAAUGGGCCACCGCCCCUGCCUAGCUCCUCCCUCCCAGAGGGCUACUACGAGGAGGCGGUUCCUUUGAGCCCCGGAAAAGCCCCAGAAUACAUCACAUCACACUAUGACUCCGAUAACAUGAGCAGCUCGUACGAGUCGUACGAUGAGGAAGAGGAGGACGGGAAGGGGCAGAAGAUGAGGCACCAGUGGCCCUCCGAGGAGGCGUCCAUGGACCUGGUGAAGGACGCGCGGAUCUGCGCCUUCCUCCUGCGCAAGAAGCGCUUCGGACAGUGGACCAAGCUGCUGUGUGUCAUCAAGGACAACAAGCUCCUGUGCUAUAAAACCUCAAAGGAUCAGACGCCGCAGAUGGAGCUGGUGCUGUCGGGCUGCAGCAUCACGCACGUCCCCAAAGACGGGAAGAAGAAGAAGCACGAGCUGAGGAUCGUCCACCAGGGGGCCGACGCCCUGGUGCUGGCCGUGCAGAGCAAGGAGCAGGCCGAGCAGUGGCUGAAGGUGAUGAAAGAGGUGUGUAACUACAGCAACGGAGUGAUCGAUACUGAGGGGACAGGCUCCAGUUCUCCAGUCCACAAAACCGAACUGGAAAAGAAGCUGUCCUUUGAUAGGCCGAGCUCAGACGGAGAGGUGAACCCUGAAAACGGAGUGGCUGACAGUAAAGAACAAGCGAAAGGGAAGAAAGGCUCCAAGUCCGAGCAGAAGGGCACUGUGGGUAAAGUGACCGGGAAGAAGAUCACCAAGAUCAUCGGGCUGGGGAAGAAGAAGCCAUCCACUGAGGAGCAGACAUCCUCAGCUGAAGAAGACGUCCCCACCUGCGGUUACCUCAACGUGCUGUCCAAUAACCGCUGGCGGGAGCGCUGGUGCCGCCUGAAGGACAACCAGCUCCUGCUGCACAAGGACCGGGACGACCUGAAGACCCACAUGGCCAGCCUGCCCCUCCGCGGGUGCGAGGUCAUCCCCGGCCUGGACUCCAAGCACUCCUUCGCCUUCCGCCUGCUGCGCAACGGCCAGGAAGUGGCCGUGCUGGAGGCCAGCUCUUCGGAGAGUAUGGGUCUGUGGCUGGGAGUUCUCCUGGCCGAGACCGGCUCCACGACAGACCCCGCCGCCCUGCACUACGACUACAUCGACGUGGAGACCACCGCUAACGUCAUCCAGCUGGCCAAGCAGUCCUUCUGUUUCACAAGCAAGCGAGCGGUGUCUCCGAACCCUUACCUGGACAACCCGGUCAACGGCUACGCCUGCCCCAGCGGAAUGGCUCUGCACUACGAUGACGUGCCCUGCAUCAAUGGAUCGGUGCAUGAGCGCACGUACUCCUCCCCUGCCUCCAGGGGGCGCCGCUGGAGGGAGGAGGAUCUGUAUGAGAACACUGAGCUGUAUGAGAACAUGCCAUCCCCAAAGCUGGCUUCCCGCUACCCCCCCAAAGCCUCCGCCCCCCCUGCUGCUGGCCACUACAAAACGCCCACUUCCUCCAAAGCUCUCUCCUCUUCCUCUUCCUCGGCUGCUGUUACUAACACUGCUUCCCCUGGCCGGGGCGCGGCUACUCAGCUUAAAGGAAAGAAAGCGCCAGCAACCAAUGGAACAGCUGCUAAGCAAAAGGCUGACAAGAAGCAGCAGAAAACGUCCAAUGGAACCAAUGGAACCCUGCCAAUCAAACGGAAUAAUUCCAGUGCGGAGCAGUACAAGUAUGGGAAGAACCGGGUGGAGGCCGACGCCAAGAAGCUACAGGCCAAGGAGGAGGAGCUGAUGAAGAGGAAGCAGGACAUCCGUACCCGCCUGACGCAUCUGAAGAAGGAGAGGAGAGACCUGCGCGCGGCCUUGGAGGCUAGCACAGGAAAGAGGUCCCAGGCGUCCCUAGCAGAACGGCUGAAGAAGGUGGAGGACGAGUGCAAGCUGAAGGAGGGGGAGAGAGUGAACCUGGAGCUGGAGCUGACCGAGUUGAAGGAAAACCUGAAGAAGGCCCUGAACGGGGGCGUCACCCUGGGCCUGACUAUCGAACCCAAGUCUGGAACGUCCAGUCCCCAGUCCCCGGUGCUGGUGAGGCGUACGAUGGAGAACUCUCCAGCCUCCAGCUGUGACACCAGCGACACAGAGACCUGCUCCCUCCCCGUCAACAGCGCCUCCCUGCUGCGGAGGCAGCCCUCCCAGAAAGCCCCGCCUGUCCGCGGCCACGUGCUCAGGAAGGCCAAGGAGUGGGAAAUGAAAAGUGGAACAUAAACAUGAACAUUUCCGGCAUUCUUUUAUAAUGUGUAUAUUUAUUUGCAAGGGCCGUUCGUUGCCUAAGGGUGUCAAGAGAAGGAGUCAAGCGUAGCAUAGAUGUUUGGAAGACAGCUGAGAGGACAAUGCUGCCAAAUUCUAUAGCGCCAACUUACGAAAGCACAGAAAACAAGUGCUCCUUAGUCGCUUAUUUUUUAUAAUAGCAUUUAUUAUACAGGCAUGUUUCACCUGCGUUCCUGUUGUAACGUCUGUGUUGUCCGUUCCUCUCUUGCGUGAGUGUGUUUAGAGGACCUGUCUCUCUGUUCAUCCAUCUCGCACAUCCUAGAGUCCCGAUUCGGUUUAGACACCAGAAAACGUGAAACCGCAGUAUUUAUUUGUAAAUGUUCUGAGUAAGAUAUUAGCUUCCCUCUUGAUUAUUUAUGUUGAUAUUUAAAAGCUUGUCGUCGCGCGUUCUGCAUGAAACUGCGAGGGCGAAGGUCGCGCCGGCAGAAGGAAGGGCCCACUUCCACAUCCAGGGCAGGAGGGAGGGAUCUGUUUUGGGACCGGAGGCCCUAGAGUCCACGCUCAGGCAUCCGAGGUCAGGCCGUUGCCUGGCUCCAGCCUCCGAACCGCCUCUGGCGUGCGCCUCUCCUGGGUCCAAUCAGAACCUGCCUGUGCCAGGCCAUGGCCUAUCCGUGGGCGGCUCAAGUCCAGGUCGCGGUUCCGUUGAUCUGGGCGGCCGCGGAGUACGUUCCAUGCAAACGAAAUGUAUCUUGUUUCUUUUUUAUACUCCAAAUAUAUGUGCUGUAGUCUGGACCUUUUAAUCGAGGCACUGGAGUAGGCUGAGAUCUAAGUAUAUGGUGCAUGCAUUUCAGUGUUCCAGGCACAUCUUAAAUCCAUCAAUACACUGUCAUAGAAGAUAGAAGUACUGUACAAACCCGCAUGUAUUUUUAAAAUAGAUUUGGAAUGAAACACAAACAUGUGUGAUUCACUCCCGGGCCUUUAGUGGGGUUCCAGUAGGCCCCAGAGUUUUCUCUGUGACUGAAGAGUGCGGACGUUGGACCACAGAUAAUUAUCUCUGGAAUCCACCUUCUGGAGGAUUCUGUGUGUAUUUAUACCCCACCCCCCACCCCCCUCCAAAUGAGAUGUCUGUGUUUCAGCCCACCAUCAGUGUCCCCCAGCGCGCCCCGUGUCUCCGUCCUGUCGGCCCUCUCUUUAGCGCGCUUUGUCGGCGGGAGAUUUGACCUCCGUGCGGUUUUCUGUGCACUGGACUCAAACGCAGCGGUUUGUGUUCCUCAGAGGGGGAGGCUGGGGCGGAGAUAUGCCUCUGGAGCCGGUUAAUGUCCUGCUGCAGUCUACUGUCCAAACCCUGCAGUGAAUGGAUGACUGCGUUGGGCAGAGCUUUCUGGCGUGACCGGGUCCGCUAUCUGCUGUGAUUUACAGGGGGAUCUAACAUGCAGUCAGCUCAACAGCAGCAGCGUUAGCGACAAUGCUAUUCACUGGCCCCUGAUGUUCAUGUU